AUGCCGAUUGAUAGAGUGAAAGAUGGUAUGAUGAGACAUCCGAGUGACUCUCCCGCUUGGAAAACAAUUGAUGCUAGAUGGCUGAUUUUGCCAAUGAGCCUAGGAAUAUCCGUCUUGGUCUCUCUCGCAGACGGUAUCAAUCCACAUACUUCCCUUAGCAGUAAGUAUAGUUGUUGGCCAAUCUUGCUUGUGAUAUAUAAUUUGCCGCCGUGGCUUGUUAUGAAGAGAAAGUUCACUAUGUUGACAUUGAUGAUAUCAGGCCCUUCACAACCUGGCAAUGAUAUUGAUGUAUACUUAGCUCCUCUUAUUGAUGAUUUAAGUAAAUUGUGGUAUGACGGUGUUAAUGCAUAUGACGCCUAUAGGAAUGAAGCAUUCAAUCUUAGGGCCAUGUUAUUGUGGACAAUCAAUGAUUUUCCUGCUUUCGGGAAUCUUUCUGGCUACAGUGUGAAAGGUUAUAAUGCAUGUCCUAUCUGUGAAGAGAAAACAUGCUCUCGCUAUUUAACACAUUCGAGAAAAAUUUGUUAUAUGGGACACCGAAAGUUUUUGCCACCCGAACAUGUAUUUCGGACCUGGAAAAAGGCAUUUGACGGUAAGCAAGAAUUUGAAAUGCCUCCCCCACCUUUAAGCGGAAGACAAUUGGUAGAAAAAUUGAAUAAAAUUCAAUUCAAUCUUGGAAAGCGAAAGUCAAAAUCGAAGAAAAGAAAAGGAGGUAAGGGUGUCACAAAUGAACCUCAGGGACCGUGGAAGAAAAAAUCAAUAUUUUUUGAGCUUGAGUAUUGGGAGCAUUUGGUUUUACGUCACAAUUUAGAUGUGAUGCAUAUUGAGAAAAAUGUCUCAGAUAGCUUAAUUAAUACCUUGUUUAAUAUUCCUGGUCGGAGUAAAGAUGGAAUUAAAUCCCGUCUAGAUUUGAAAGAGAUGGGGAUUAGAGGAAAUUUACAUCCAGAAAUUAUUGGUAAACGAACUUUUUUACCACCGGCGUGUUAUGCCCUGACUAAGGAAGAAAAACGAUCUUUCUGUACAUCAUUGUCUCACGUUAAAGUACCCGAAGGGUAUUCUUCAAAUAUCUCCAAUUUGGUAGAUAUGGACAAAUUAAUUUUGUCCGGACUGAAGUCUCACGAUCAUCAUAUACUGAUGCAACAUAUUCUGCCGGUGAGUAUCCGUUCUGUUUUACCUAAGAAAGUUCGCUAUGCCAUCACCAGAGGAAGUUUUGUAGAAUUUUGUUCAGACUUCUUGUCAAAUGUAGCAACUGUUGGGUCGUGUCUUCCUAGAUUUGAUAAUGAAAUUAGUAAAGGGGGUCGGGGUGUUUCUGUUUGCGACGUAAGUCGAGCUGAUCGAGAGGAAGCACACCGACUCGUUUUGCAAAAUGUUGAUGAGGUUCAACCGUACAUUGAGAAACAUUUUGAUUGGAUCAAGACUACUUAUCCUAGUAAGUCGAGGAACCACAAAUGGGUGCAAGAUGAACAUUAUCGAAAUUUUAGUACAUGGUUGAAAGAAAAGGUGAUUGUGGAAAUGAGUGACUCCCCGAACAAUGUAUCUCAGUUGCUACUUUCGAUAUCGCAUUUUCCUUCAUUUACUGUACUAAAGUAUCAAUCAUACUACAUAAAUAGUACUCAAUUUAACACGAAAGAUCGUGAUGCUUCUAGAAAAACACAAAAUAGUGGUGUCAUGAUUGUUGCUAGUGCUAUCCAAGUAGCUAGUUCAAAAGACAAAAACCCUAUUGAAUGUGAUAUGACCUUUUAUGGUGUAAUCAAAGAAAUUUGGGAAUUAGAUUACAUUAGCUUUCGAAUCCCUGUUUUUCUUUGUGAUUGGGUGAGGAGUGAUAAUGGAGUUAAAGAAGAUGAGUUUGGAUUCAAGCUAGUGGACUUGAAUCGAGUAGGACACAAGUCUGAUCGAUUUAUAAUGGCAUCCCAGGCAAAACAAGUAUUUUAUAUGAGUGACCCAAUAGAUGGUCGCUGGUCAGUUGUUCUAACAACACAACCAAAAGAUUAUGAUUACCAAGAGUCUGGUGGAGAUUUAUAUCUCAAUGAUAAAACUUUUGAAAUCAAUCCACCACCAAUUGAUGUCGCCGUUCGGGACGAAAUCAUUUCUUCUCGGGAAGACGGUGAAGGAUUAUGGAUUGAGUAAACUAUCAAUCUAUAAAUAUUGGUGUGUUUUGUUUUAUAUUAUUUUAUAUUUUUUUGCGCCUAAUCUAAAUUUCUGUGUUAAUCUUAUGUAUUAUUAUUUUGCUUUAAUGUGUAGGUACAUUGACUAUGGAUGACCCCGGUGACUAUGAUGAUGAUUUUGCCCUUUGGGGACAAUCCAUUGGUGGUGAAUCUGAAUCUGAUCCAGCUGCACCAGA